AGCAUAUGUGUGGCGGGGCAGCAUGUGCGUUAAUCAAACAGAAGCGAGAGUUUGAAGACGGAUGGGCAGGAACAUCGAACGCGUCCAGACUUGGCACUAAGUAGCACGCCGUGACAUCACCAUUCGGACCAUUCGGCGAUGCAAUUGUUCGUAAACAUCUGGAAGCACGCGGCUUCUGCUAUCAUCCCUUUGCUGCCUUGCGCAUUGAAUCAACAAUAUGGCCGUGGUAGAGAACUGGCUGCCUCCGUCGCGUGAGAACUGGGAGUGGAUCAGCUAUGUCUGGCAGUUCUUCCCUCUAAUCACAGCUUUCCAAUGGGUCAUUGAUUGGUACCCCCAGGGCAAGACGUCUACAGAGGCAUGGUGGAAUGUACCGGGCAAGAUAGGAUGGGCGACGAUGGAGUCUGUAGGACCCAUUACACUGCUGUACAUAUUCUUCACGCUGCCGAAGAAGCAGGGCAUUGAAGAGCUGCCAUGGGGUAACUGGACGAUGGUCGGCUGCUUCGUUACACACUACGUCUACCGCGCCAUUAUAUCGCCGCUGUUCCUCAACCCUAGCAUGUCGCCCAUGAGCCCGCUCGUGUGCUUGAUGAUGCUCGCUUUCCAGGUCACCAACGCCACCUCGAUCGGCGGAUACCUCUCAGGCUACGGGCCAACGACUGUCAUCGACUGGCAAGGUCGCGCAGGGUGGAUGUUCCUAGGGCUUGUCAUCUGGUGCUGGGGACUGCUAGGCAACAUGUUUCACGACGACGACCUGCGCGAGAUCAGGCGAGCGGCAGAGCGUAGGCAGCGCAAAGACGCAGCCGAGCAGAACAAACCCAUCGAAGGUGUGGACAAGGUAUACAUGCUCCCAAAGAACGGGCUGUUCAAGUAUGUCUUAUACGCGCACUACUUCUGCGAAUGGAUUGAGUGGGCGGGCUGGUGGAUGAUUGGCGGCCUGAAUUGCCAGCCAGCCCGAACGUUCCUUAUCAACGAAGUCAGCACAAUGCUGCCUCGCGCGUUGCAGGGCAAGCGGUGGUAUGUGGAGAAGUUUGGCAAGGACAAGGUGGGAAACCGAAAGGCUGUGAUUCCAGGCCUGGUGUAGACUCGAGGUGUAGGCUAGAAGAACGGUACGCUAAUGUUUACAUGUGAAUUCAAUGACUGCUGUAUUAGCGGCAGCCGCUGGUUUAAGCGAGGGGUACGUGAAGGGUGCAAUCGAGUGCGGAGCACACUCAGCAUGACAGAGCGGAGGACGUAUGCGUACCAGGUAAUUCCUGCUCAUGUAUAGCAAAUUAUUUCGCGG